ACAAAAUUGUCAACUCAAUGCAUGUUCAUGUGGGCGCCACCUUAGAUGUUUGAGCGGAAGAGAGGCAAAAGAACCCAGCUUUUUCUCUUCACCCUUACGGCCGCUGCAGCAGAAUAAUCUGGAUCGACCUCCAUCCCAUUCCCACACAAAACCAGCCAAGUAAGUUAAGGCCCCUGUUUUACUUGUUUACUCCUUUUCACAUUUCUUCCUCUUCUCUCCUGCUUGUUCUUGUACUGUUGUGGAAUUCCAUUUCCAUGACAUUUUGGAAAACUCCUCUCUGUUUUUGUCACCAGUCUCAGACAAGGGAAGAGAAAGAAGAAAAAGUUGCCGGCUUUUCGUUCCUCUGUGUUUUAUAAGCACCCUUGAAGGAGGUUGCACUUAGUUGCCAGAUUCUAGAAAUUAUUAUUCACUAUGUUUCGUUGGAGGAGAAAUUCUCAUCAUGACCAAGAGAAUGACUUACUACAUUCUGAGUCCAAGGUCAAGGAGCUUAGGGCUGAGCUUGGAUCGCUAUCUGGACGCAGUUCACUGUAUUGUACUGAUGCAUGCUUGAGGAGAUACUUGGAAGCUCGAAACUGGAAUAUAGAGAAAUCGAAGAAAAUGCUUGAAGAGAGUCUCAAAUGGAGAUCAACAUAUAAGCCUGAGGAUAUACGUUGGCAUCAAGUUGCAGUUGAAAGUGAGACUGGGAAACUGUACAGGGCAGGUUUUCAUGAUCGUCAUGGUAGCACUGUUCUCAUAUUGAGACCGGGAAAGCAGAACACAACAUCUCUGGACGAUCAGAUGCGGCAAUUGGUGUAUAUGAUAGAGAAUGCCAUUCUUAAUCUUCCAGAGGGUCAAGAACAGAUGUCAUGGCUAAUAGACUUCACUGGAUGGACAUUGAGCACAUCUGUUCCAAUCAAAUCAGCACGAGAGACUGUCAACAUUUUACAAAAUCACUACCCUGAGAGGCUGGCUGUAGCAUUUCUCUACAAUCCCCCCAGGAUUUUUGAAGCAUUCUGGAAGAUUGUUAAAUAUUUCUUGGAUGCUAAAACCUUUCAAAAAGUGAAGUUUGUGUAUCCAAAGAACAAUGACAGUGUGGAGCUGAUGAAAUCAUACUUUGAUGAGGAAAAUCUCCCAAUAGAGUUCGGAGGAAAAGCCGAAUUGGAGUACAACCAUGAAGAAUUCUCCAAGCUGAUGGUACAGGAUGAUGUGAAAUCUGCCAACUUGUGGGGAUCUGAUGACAAACUCCAAUCUAUUGUUAAUGGGAAUUCUGGGGCUGAGGUGGUCUCGGAACCAGUCUGCCAUGCCUCUCCGGCCAGCUGAGGGACUUCCCCAUCCGGUCGUGAGUUACUAAUCUUACUGAUAUGAGAUGAUGCUUUAAAAAAUGACCAUUGCCUUGUACCAGAAGCUGUAAUAAUUGAUGCAUUAGGGUUGGAUACACAUUCGACUUGGUUAUUCCUGGAAGGGAAGUAUUUUUAUCCUUCCCUAAUAAUGUACUUUACUAGUUUCCCUGCUUCUCAUUAUGCAGGUAUCUCAAAUGAAUAGAAAAUAAGCUCACGGUGCCUUCUUAUUGAAUCCUAUCUACCUUUGAACACUUUCUCUGUUUCUUUCAAUCCUCUGUUAUACUUCUUUGAAUGAAAUUUGAACGUUUUG